AAUUCACAACCCUGGGUUCUUCUCUUCUUUCAUCCCUCAACCAUCCACUGCUCAUUAACACUGACUGUGAUAUAUAGUUAAACGAAAGAUAAAUUAUUGGUGGGGUGAAAUGGAACUGAUGAUGCCCUCAGCCAAAACCCCUGAAGGUUUUUGCUCAUACCAUUCUGUACUUCAGAAAGACAGCUCAAGAAUUAAUAUUUGUUCCAGCUUGAAUUCAGUUAAUGUCCUUGUGGAUUGUCAGAAAGCUAGGUUCUUUGUCCCUUUUGUUGACCGUGGAUGUGAGUUGAGAAAACUAGUGGGGUUGCCAAAACAGAGGCAAAGUAGAAUCUUUGCCAUUUCAAAGGUCGAAACCUUGAAUAGUAAUGGUAGUACUAGUGGUAGGUUAUAUGGUUUCGAGAAAAACUCACAAGAGCUGGGGCAAGCUUCCCCCAACUAUGAGGAGUUUGAGAGUAAUAUCCAUCUUCGCCGGUUGGUUAGAAAUGGGGAAUUGGAGGAAGGGUUUAGACAUCUUGAGGUCAUGGUCUAUAAGGGUGAUAUACCGGAUAUAAUUCCAUGUACAAGUUUGAUUCGAGGGUUUUGUAAGCUCGGGAAGACUAAGAAGGCGACUAGGGUCUUGGAGUUUCUUGAGGAGUCGGGGGCUGUUCCAGAUGUUAUUACCUAUAAUGUGUUGAUUAGUGGGUAUUGCAAGUCUGGGGAGAUUGAUAAUGCGUUGAAGUUGUUAGACAGGAUGAGUGUUGCUCCAGAUGUGGUAACAUAUAACACUAUUUUGCGAUCAUUGUGUGGUAGUGGAAAGUUGAAGCAGGCAAUGGAGGUUCUUGACCGGCAGUUGAGGAGGGAGUGUUAUCCAGAUGUAAUUACUUACACAAUUUUGAUUGAAGCUACUUGUAGGGAAAGUGGGGUAGGACAGGCAAUGAAGCUCUUGGAUGAGAUGAGUGCUAAAGGUUGUAAACCUGAUGUGGUUACUUAUAAUGUUCUUAUCAAUGGUAUUUGCAAGGAAGGGAGAUUGGAUGAAGCAAUAAAGUUCUUGAGAAAUAUGCCAUCAUAUGGUUGCCAACCUAAUGUGAUAACGCAUAAUAUCAUCUUGCGUAGCAUGUGUAGUACGGGGAGGUGGAUGGAUGCUGAGAAACUCUUGACUGAGAUGCUUAGAAAAGGCUGUUCUCCCAGCGUAGUUACGUUUAACAUACUGAUUAAUUUCUUGUGCAGAAAGGGGUUAUUGGGUCGAGCAAUUGAUGUUCUGGAAAGGAUGCCUAAAUAUGGAUGCACUCCGAAUUCCUUGAGCUAUAAUCCUCUGCUGCAUGGUUUCUGCAAAGAGAAAAAGAUGGAAAGGGCAAUAGAGUAUCUGGAGAUAAUGGUAUCUCGGGGUUGUUAUCCAGAUAUCGUUACCUAUAACACUCUGCUUACAGCAUUGUGUAAAGAUGGAAAGGCUGAUGUUGCAGUUGAGAUUCUAGAUCAGCUAACUAGCAGAGGUUGUUCUCCUGUUCUAAUCACUUACAAUACCGUGAUUGAUGGACUGUCGAAGGCAGGGAAGACCAAAAGUGCGAUUAAACUGUUGCAGGAAAUGCGGGAAAAAGGUUUGCAACCAGAUAUAAUUACUUACUCUUCACUCGUUGGAGGACUCUGUCGAGAAGGAAAGGUCGAUGAAGCCAUCAGUUUCAUUCAUGAACUGGAAGAACUUGGCAUCAAACCUAAUGCUAUCACAUACAAUGCUAUCAUGUUGGGCCUUUGUAAAGCUCGCCAAACAGAUCGCGCAAUUGAUUUCUUGGCUUAUAUGGUGUCUAAGGGAUGUAAACCUACUGAAUCUACAUACACAAUCUUGAUUGAAGGUAUUGCUUAUGAAGGAUUAGCAAACGAGGCAUUGGAGUUACUGAAUGAAUUAUGCUCCAGAGGAGUUGUGAAGAGGAGUUCAGCAGAACAAGUUGCGGUCAAGAUUUAGCUAGAAUGCAUGCUUUGGCUGGAUUUAGAGUAGACAUACUCUCAGUUACUUUUAGCAUGAAUUUUGUGAUUGCAGUUACUUUGUGAUCUAUUAAAUGCUAAUGGGCUCUUACAUGUGUUUCUUUUUUUU